AUGUGCAUAUUAUCCAAUAUUUGUGUAUUUCUUUGCAGAUCAACUCCUUCUCAGAAGGCAAGGGUAAGGAUUUCUCACAAUAUUCAGAGAAUGCUUCUCUACUCUCUCUUUUCAGUCACACUAGUAAUAAUAUAUCCUUUUCCUCUAGAUGGGGAGGUCAAUAUGCAAAGGAGAGAUAUUUUAGAAAUCAAUCGAGAUGCUGGUCUGGACCUCUUUGAAGGUGACAUCUUAUUAGAGAAUAAAACUCGGAAUGCAUUGAGAGACCCAACGACAAGAUGGAAAUUCCCAAUUCCUUACAUUCUGGCUGAUAAUCUGGGACUGAAUGCUAAAGGAGUUAUUCUUUAUGCCUUUGAAAUGUUCCGUCUCAAGUCCUGUGUGGAUUUCAAGCCCUACAAUGGAGAAGAAACUUACAUCAUAUUUCAAGAGUUUGAUGGGUGCUGGUCUGAGGUCGGAGAUAAACAUACAGGGCAGAACCUUUCCAUUGGUUCAGGAUGUGACUACAAAGCUAUUGUUGAGCAUGAAAUACUGCAUGCAUUGGGGUUUUAUCAUGAACAGUCAAGGUCGGACCGGGAUGAUUACGUGAAUAUUUGGUGGGAUGAAAUUAUUCCAGGUUAUGAGCACAACUUCAAUACUUACAGCGACAGUUACAUAACUGACCUCAACACUCCCUAUGACUAUGAAUCUCUGAUGCACUAUGAGCCGUUCUCCUUUAACAAGAAUGCAAGUGCACCCACCAUCACAGCCAAGAUCCCUGCAUUUGAUGACAUCAUUGGGCAGCGUCUUGAUUUCAGCACCAUUGACAUAGAAAGGCUUAAUCGCAUGUACAAUUGCACGGCAACUCACACUUUUCUGGACCAGUGUUCUUUUGAGAAGCAAAACAUUUGUGGUAUGAUUCAGGGCACCAGAGAUGAUGAAGACUGGAUUCAUAGGAGAGGUGAUAGUCCUGGACAAGAAGAUCAUACUCUGGUUGGACAAUGCAAAGAGGCAGGUUACUUCAUGUAUUUCAACACCAGUACUGGGACAAAAGAAGAAGCUGCCCUCCUGGAGUCAAGGAUUCUUUACCCCAAGAGGAAGCAGCAGUGUCUCCAAUUUUACUACAAGAUGACAGGAAGCCCCUCAGACAGACUUGUUGUUUGGGUCAAGAGAGAUGACAGCACUGGCAAUGUCCGCAAGUUGGUCAAGAUACAAACAUUUCAAGAUGAUGAUAAUGACCAUGGCUGGAAAAUUGGCCAAGUGACCCUCAGAGAAGAAGUGAAAUUCCGCUACCUCUUUCAAGGUUCAAAGGGAGACCCCCAGAACUCUAUUGGGGGGAUUUUCUUGGAUGACAUUACUCUGACUGAAACUCCUUGUCCCAGAGGGGUCUGGAUGGUUCGAAAUUUUUCUCAGGUCCUUCAGAACACACCGAAAGGUCAAGGACUCUUAAGCCCUCGAUUCUACAGCUCAGAGGGAUAUGGUUAUGGAGUGACCUUAUACCCAAAUGGCAGAUACACUUCCACUCUCUCUGGCUAUGUUGGACUUGCUUUUCAUCUCUGCAGUGGGGAGAAUGAUGCCAUCUUGGAGUGGCCAGUGGAAAAUAGGCAGGCCAUCAUGACAAUGGUUGAUAAUGAUCCUGAUGUCAAGAAGAGAAUGUCAUCAAGCAUGGUGUUUACCACCUCCAAGAGCCAUAUAUCUUCAGCCCUAAAUAAUUCUGUCAUCUGGGACAGACCAUCCAUUGUGGGGACUUAUGACAACGACUGCCAAUGUUACCGAAGCAUCGACUGGGGCUGGGGUACCGUCAUUUCUCAUCAGCAGCUACGAAAGCGGAAUUUCAUUAAAGAUGACACACUUGUCAUUUUUGUGGACUUUGAAGAUAUCACCUACCUUAAGCAGACUGAAGUUCCUGUUCCUAACGUGAGGCAGAGCUCCUCAGGUCUGAUUCUUCAUAAUCCUGAGCAUCACACACCACAGGAGGAUUCCAAGACAAUGCCAUUAGAAGAAACCCAAUCUGGCAGCCUGGACACUAGACCGGGGCGGCAGAAGCGGUCGGUAGAGAACACAGGCCCCCUGGAGGAUCACAAUUGGCCGCAGUACUUCAGAGACCCAUGUGAACCAAACCCUUGUCAGAAUGAAGGAAUCUGUGUAAAUGUGAAAGGAAUGGCAAGCUGCAGGUGCGCCUCUGGUCAUGCCUUCUUCUACACUGGAGAACGAUGUCAGGCUAUGCAGGUCCAUGGAAGCAUCCUGGGAAUGAUGAUUGGAGGAGUCACUGGGACUAUUGUGUUGACUAUUGCCAUCAUCUCCAUAAUGUCCAAAAGGCUGACACCAGGAGCAAACUAUUGA